GCUAGCGUUUCUUCCACGGGGAGAAGAAGGGUGGGGAGAGGUUAGGGGAAGUUUUCCGUGCUCCCUCUCUCUUUUGAGCUGCAGGGACGCGGGUUUCCUGCUAGCUGAAGUCUGUCGCAGCUGUCGGCGUUGUUUUGCUGAGAGACGCCCACCUCGACCCUCCCCAUCCUCGCUGGCUCUUCCUCACGGUUCUUGCAUCUCCUCCUUUCCCUCCGCUGGGGAGGGUAGUGGUGUCACAGACCAUAUUCUUCACUGUUUCCCAUUCCGCCACGACACGGACUCCACCAAGGGCUGUUCACGUAGUAGGGACCUUUAUCCAGAGGUCCGAGAAGAGAGUGAGUAGGAAGAAACUUCAAGAGUUCUGUACCCCAUUGGGAAACUGUGGUUGUACUUAUCAACUGUUUGGUUCUACUUCAGUUUCCAGAGCAGAGAUGUCAGCAGAUUUAUAGGAAUUGCUUGAAGCCAGAGUCAUGGUGGAUGUAGGAAAGUGGCCAAUCUUCACUCUGCUCUCAUCUCAGGAAAUUGCAUCUAUUCGGAAAGCAUGUGUCUUUGGCACCUCAGCCAACGAAGCGCUGUACGUUACUGACGAUGAUGAGGUCUUUGUAUUUGGACUGAACUAUAGUAACUGUCUAGGAACUGGAGAUAACCAGAGUACACUUACCCCUAAAAAGUUAGAAGCCUUAUGUGGAAAGAAGAUUAAAAGCCUUAGUUAUGGCAGUGGACCACAUGUUCUUCUCAGCACUGAAGAUGGAGUUGUUUACGCCUGGGGCCAUAAUGGAUAUAGCCAGCUUGGGAAUGGGACAACCAACCAAGGCAUUGCUCCCAUCCAAGUCUGUACCAAUCUCUUGAUCAAGCAAGUGGUUGAAGUAGCUUGUGGCUCACAUCAUUCAGUGGCUUUGGCAGCUGAUGGAGAGGUAUUUGCUUGGGGCUAUAACAACUGUGGCCAGGUGGGAUCAGGAUCUACAGCAAAUCAACCAACUCCUCGAAAAGUUACAAACUGUUUACAUAUUAAGAGAGUGGUAGGCAUUGCCUGUGGUCAGACCUCAUCCAUGGCUGUUCUGGACAGUGGUGAGGUGUAUGGCUGGGGUUACAAUGGCAAUGGUCAGCUGGGCUUGGGAAACAAUGUCAAUCAGCUCACCCCUGUGAGAGUGGCAGCUUUGCACAGCGUGUGUGUGAACCAGAUUGUCUGCGGCUAUGCACACACUCUAGCACUAACAGAUGAGGGCUUGCUCUAUGCCUGGGGAGCUAACACGUAUGGGCAGCUGGGAACUGGCAAUAAAAAUAACCUGCUAAGUCCAGCGCACAUCAUGGUGGAGAAAGAGAGGGUAGUAGAGAUUGCAGCCUGCCACUCUGCCCAUACAUCUGCUGCCAAAACCCAGGGCGGGCAUGUGUACAUGUGGGGCCAGUGCCGGGGCCAGUCAGUGGUUCUGCCUCACCUCACCCACCUCUCCUGCACGGACGAUGUGUUUGCCUGCUUUGCCACUCCUGCUGUCUCCUGGCGUCUCCUAUCUGUAGAGCAUGAAGACUUUAUAACAGUUGCAGAGUCCCUGAAGAAAGAAUUUGACAGUCCAGAAACUGCUGACCUAAAGUUUCGAAUUGAUGGGAAAUAUAUCCAUGUCCAUAAAGCUGUUUUGAAAAUCAGGUGUGAGCACUUUCGGUCCAUGUUCCAGUCUUACUGGAAUGAGGACAUGAAAGAAGUGAUAGAAAUUGACCAGUUUUCUUACCCAGUGUACCGUGCCUUUCUCCAGUUCCUCUACACAGACACAGUGGACCUGCCACCUGAAGAUGCCAUAGGUCUUUUGGAUUUGGCAACAUCUUACUGUGAAAACAGACUGAAAAAACUUUGUCAACACAUUAUCAAGCAAGGAAUCACCGUGGAGAAUGCCUUUUCCUUAUUCUCUGCGGCGGUCAGAUACGAUGCAGAGGAUUUAGAAGAAUUCUGCUUUAAGUUUUGCAUCAAUCAUUUGACAGAAGUUACACAGACGGCAGCAUUUUGGCAAAUGGAUGGCCCUCUGCUAAAGGAAUUCAUUGCUAAAGCCAGUAAAUGUGGAGCCUUUAAGAACUGAAGCCAAGGCUGCUGGGGUUUGUGGAGUGCUCUGGAGCACUGGGGAUGGUGUGUCCUUUGUGCUCUACUGGUGAUAUAAUUCUGCAGGUAAAACCAUCAGGUUUUUUCAUACCUGAGACACAGUUCUCUGGGUAGGAAUAUAUGAAGGAUGUAUGGCUUUUCCUGAACCUACUUUAAACAACUCUUGUUUCCAGACAUGUAUAUUUUAAAUGUGACUGUAGGUUUGGCUGGAACAUUGUAAAAGGGUAAAAGUUCAGCUGGUUGUUUUUUGUUUUUUAUUAGAGGAAUUUAUGAACUUGGAAAGGGGAAGUUUGUGGCAACUCUCCUGGCUCACAUAUCAACAACCCUUUUGACACUAGGAGUUGGGAUAGUUUGUGAAUUGUGACAUAGACAUGGAGGCCCCGCCAUGAAUUAAAGAUGCUGACUUUGGGGCUUGUUGAAGUGCUGCAUUAGUUACUGUGAAGGGAUAGCUGAGAUCUUUUGAGGCUUUUGUUUUUGUGUUUGCACUAUUGAUGGACUUUUUUCUUAACUUCAUGGUGUAUGAAAAUAAUACUCAGUUUAAUAUGAGUUAAAUCUAUUGAAACGAUAAUUAGGUAGAGAUAAAUUUCUAGGUUAGCCAAGAUUUCUCUUAAGGCUUAAGCACAUGAAGAGUAGUGAUUUAGAACUGUCCGUGAAAAGUUGAUAAUAAAAGAAACUUUGGACAAAGGUGAAUAUUUUAUAAACUAGAAUCUCUACUAUUAUUUAAUGAUGUUUUAUUUUAUUAGAAUCAAAUUUGAGAACUCAAGUUUAAAUUGCCCCCCCACACACCUUUUCCCCUAUAAAUACCAAUCAUAAGAGGAAAACUGACAUAUUCAAUAUACUCUUGCCUUCCUAAAUUGGCUGCUAAGUCAUCAGAUCUGCUACAUCUGACUCAAAGAAGAGGUUCUUAAAACCAACUCUCUUACAGGACUGAAUGGAAUUCAUCUUCUCUUACCUAGAUCAAAUCCAUCACCAAUUUGCUUGAGACUUUGCCAGCUUUGACUUUUGAUUUUCCUCUCCUUUUAAUUGUGUUAGGUCUAAUAUUUAGCACAGUUCGACCUUGAAAAAAGAUCAAAAUUACGGUUUUUUUGGUGGUUCUUUUGGGUCUGGUUCUGAAGUGUGAUUUGGAAGGUAAAAAUAUUCAAUUCUGAGUUUUAUCAUGUGUCAGUUGAAUUUGCUUUAAGAACAGAGGUUCAUUCAGCCCUCUGGCCCACAGACUCAUUUCCAUUUGUGGGAACUCUCUUAGGGAACUGUUUCCUGCCUAGAAGUUCCUCCCUUCUGAACUUGGAGCCUAAAUACAUUUUCAGAGCCAAAUUAACAAGAGGGUGAAGAGAUGCAGCAGCUGUUAUUUUUAGCAAUGUUUUUAAGUGUGUGGUGGCCUGGAGUGAGGGCCCGAAGCUAGGAAUUUAUUGGUAGGUAAAAUAUAUACAAAUCUAGAAGUCCCAGCCCCCUUUUCUUGAUCAUGUUGCAGGUGAUUAAAGCCCAGUGAUUAGGUUAGAAUUAGUUCUGCAACAUGAUAGAACUUUUCUUACUAGGUUGAUAAAUACACAUUGAUUUGAUUAUUAAUUAUGAUGGGUAGUGUUUGUAACAAUCACUGAUCUAUAGGCUUCUUAUAAUCUGGACAAAACAUAAACUUCAGUAUGUUUACUAUUGCUCUUACUUGAAAACAAGAACUAUAAAAAGCACAAAUUAAAGUAGUAGUCCAUUUCCAUACAUAGUUCAUUCAUUCAACAAAUAUUUACUGAAUUUCUAAUACAGGUGAAGAACCACUUCUCAUAUUAUUAAUUUGUAUGAGUAUGUAUGUAGUGAACAGGAAUAAGUCCUUCAAAACUGCUUAUCUUUUUUUUAAAAUAUGCUUAUUUUUCUACUUUGUUUUGUUGUUAAUCAUAGAGGAGAUGAAAACUAUUCUUUGAAUUGCUUUUUUUCAUCUGAUGUAAUAAUGAAAGCCAAAGUAUUCAUAUUUCCUAAAAUAGCCCUAAAUGUACUGUUGAUCUUACUGGAACAAUGUUUGAUACUCUAAUGUAUAGGUUGUAUUUAUGUAAUGUUUAGAAUGACAUAUUAAUAAAGCUAUCUGUUAAAACAGG